AUGUCCGCGCUGGUGCUGAGAUGCAGCCUGGGGAAGGCGCUUGGGGGGAUGUUCCACAGAUCUGUCCGUGCGCUCUCCUGCACCGGGGGCCGAUCCCAGCUGCAGAAGGAGGAGGGCUCCGGUGCGCUCGGCGGCUCGGUGGAUCGCUUCGGAGGGGUCACGGUAGAUCUGACGGACAGCAGAGUCCCGGCGGACGUCAGCGAGGACGCAUUCAGCAGGCUACUCCAGGACUCAUUGUCCCAGUGGAGGACAGAGGGGAAGGUGGCUGUGUGGCUGAGGAUCCCCGUGUCUCUGAGUCGCUGUGCCGCUGCUGCCUUCUCACACGGCUUCACCUUCCAUCACGCUAAAGCCGACCACACCGUCAUGUGUCUGUGGCUGGGAGAGGGGGAGAACCGUCUGCCCGGAUACGCCACGCAUCAGAUCGGCGUCGCAGGCGCAGUUGUCGACGAGUCUAAUGGGAAAGUUCUGGUCGUUCAAGACAGAAAUAAGACAAAGAAUGCUUGGAAGUUCCCUGGAGGUCUGUCUGAUCCAGGGGAGGACAUUGGAGCCACAGCGGUGCGGGAGGUCCUGGAGGAGACCGGCGUGCGCUCAGAGUUCCGCUCUCUGCUCAGUAUCCGGCAGCAGCACCAGCACCCUGGGGCGUUUGGGAUGUCGGACCUAUACCUGAUCUGCCGCCUCAGCCCCCUCUCCUUCUCUAUUAACUUCUGCCCUCAGGAGUGUCUGCGCUGCGAGUGGCUCCCCCUGGAGGAGCUGUCCCGCACCUCCCACACCACCCCCAUCACCUCCAGAGUGUCCCGCCUGCUGCUGCUAGGCCUGGAGCGCGGCUUCCACCACAUCGACCUCAGCAUGGAGGAGAUGCCCGCCGUCUACUCAGGACUCUUCUACCAGCUCUACCAUCGACCACUGGCAGACUGA